AUGUCCUCUAAUAUCAAAUAUCCAACAAUACGUCGUGAUCCAACUGUUUCGGAUAUAUAUGGUGAUAAAUCUUCAUCACCUAUUACAGUUAAUGAUCCAUAUCGUUGGCUUGAAGAUCCUGAUUCAGAAGAAACAACUAAUUUUGUUGCAGAACAAAAUGUCAUUAGUCAAGCUUAUUUAAAUAAUAUUUCUUAUCGGACACAGUUUUUCGAACAUCUCAAAGAAGUAUUUAACAUUCCAAAAUUUUCAUGUCCAUCAAAACAACCGAAUGGAAAAUAUUAUUAUUUUAUGAACACAGGUCUUCAACAUCAAGAUGUCUAUUAUGAAUUAGAUUCAUUAUCAAAAUCAACUGAGCAAGCGCAAGUUUUAAUUGAUCCAAAUACAUUCUCCGAAGAUGGAACUGUAGCCAUACAAUCAAUUAAUUUUUCAUACGAUGGUAAAACUUUGUGCUAUAGUGUGUCUGAUGCUGGCUCAGAUUGGUCGACAAUUUACUUCAUGGAUGUUGCAACUCGUAAUAAAUUAAAUGAUGUUAUUAUUCGAACAAAAUUCUCAUCGUUACGUUGGACAACAGAUAAUCAAGGAAUAUUUUAUUCGACAUAUGCUGGUGCUCUUGAUAAUGUCACAUCGAACAAAGAUUCAAGUCAUUCGACAGAAAAUAAAAGCAAAAUUGCAGAAGAUAAAGAUAUACAGAAGAAGGAAGAAGCAGCAAAUGAAGUGGUACCAACCACUAUUGAAGUAACUCGCACUGAUAUUCAAGAAGUUUAUUUUCAUCGACUCGGAACACCUCGUUCAGCUGAUAUUUGUCUUGCUCGUUGUACAGAUGAUCUCAACGAACACUUCUUUUCAGUUGAAACAUCUGAUGAUGGUCAAUAUUUAAUUGCUAAUAUAAGCAUAGGAACUUUAAGAGAAAAUAAGAUUUGGUUCCUUCCAUUAUCAAAAUUGUCGGAUUCAAUCGUGGAAAAACCUAAUUGGACAAAAUUAAUCGAUCAUAUGGAUUUCGUUUAUGAUUUUGUAACAUCUCAAGAUGAUUUGCUUUAUUUCAAAACAAAUGAUCAAGCUGAAAAUUUUCGUCUCAUUUCAAUGAAUGCAAAAACAAAAGAAAUAAAAGAGAUAAUUAGUGAAGAUAAAACUAAUUUAUUAGAAGAUAUAACACGUGUUUAUGACAAAUAUUUUCUUGUUAGAUAUCUUUCACAUGUUAAAUCAGUUCUCUAUUUAUUUGAAAUGAAAAGUGGACGACAAUUACGUAAAUUUGAUCUACCCAUUGGAACUAUAUCUAUUUGGGGUGAUCAACAUGAAUCAGAAAUAUUUAUUCGUCUCGAAUCAUUUCUUUCUCCGACAACAAUUUAUUCAUGUGAUCUUGCUCAAUCAGUUGAUGCUUCAUUGACAAUUUUUAAGCGAAUUGAAUUUGCUGGGCUUGAUCUUAAUACAUUAACUACUGAACAGGUUUUCGUUGAUUCAAAUGGAUUAGAUCCAUCGAAUCCAGUUAAAGUACCCAUGUUUUUAGUUCAUAGAAAAGAUUUAAAAAAAGAUGGUCAAAAUCCAACACAUAUAUAUGCUUAUGGUGGAUUUUCAACUGCUAUGAAACCUUUCUUUUCAAUUGCUUCACUUCUUUGGAUUCAUCAUUUUCAUGGAGUUUUUGUUGUAGCUAAUGUUCGCGGUGGAGCAGAAUAUGGUGAAGUAUGGCAUAAAGAUGGCUACAAAUCUAAAAAAAUGAAUACUUACCUUGACUUGUGUGCUUGCGCUGAAUGGCUUGUUUCAAAUAAAUAUACUCAAACAGACAAACUAUCAAUGGCAGGUGGAAGUAAUGGUGGAUUAACCGUUGCAGCUUGUGCUAAUAUGCGACCAGAUUUAUUUGCUUGUACUGUAGUACAAGUUGGUGUCCUCGAUUUAUAUCGAUAUCAUAAAUUUACCAUUGGAUAUUAUUGGUGUGGUGAAUAUGGAAAUCCUGAUUUACCUGCAGAAUUCGAAUGGGUUAAAACAAUAUCACCAUUGCAUAAUAUUCCAAUGAAUCCAACAACAUUUCCAGCAAUUCUUGUAACAACAGCUGAUCAUGAUGAUCGUGUUGUACCAGCUCAUUCAUUUAAAUAUAUAUCCCAAUUACAAUAUCAAUUAGGUGAAACAAUGAAUCGUUUAGGUCGUCCAUUAAUUUCAAGAAUUGAUGUUCGAGCUGGACAUGGUGCAGGAAAGCCGACAAUCAAACGAAUUGAAGAAUUAUCUGAUAUGUAUUCGUUCGUUUCUUACGCAUUGGGUGCUCAAUGGCAUGAUUGA